GAUCACCAUCGCGCUGCCCGCUAUCACGAACGCCAUCCCACCUACCUCCCACCCACACCACCUGCUGUUGGAAUGCCGAAUUUGUUCUCUGCUCAAAAUGGACAUUAUCAAUACCCCUUGUAUCCAGUAUUUUAAUGCUGUCCAUGUCAAACCCAGCAACCUGAGCAGUACAAAUUCAGUCCUUCGCUGAUGGACAUUGGAACACAGGGGCAUAACCGGCGUAUCUGUCAUGCAGCUUACCAUGAUCUCCGAUACUCUCGCUCUUAUCAUCCAUAAGGUUGAGCGUAAUCAGUGUCGAUUGGGGCACCCAGCAUGGGCUGCCUUGUUCAACCUUCGGAUACAUGCCGUUAGGCCCCUCAAGGUCGAAUACAACUCAUCUUGUGCCAGCGGGACUUUUCUGAGCAACAGAACUCUAAUAAACAUUGGGGGUAACCCUAUGGUUGGCAGGUACACGUUCACAGCAGGCUUUGGAGACCUCGAUGGCUUGCAAGCAGUUUGCUUCUUCGAGUCUUAUCCAACAUCAUCGUAGUAUGAGAAUUACCCCCGUAUUCGCAUGGUUGGCCUCCGCUGGUAUAACACAGUUAUUCGAUCUCGGACGGAAGCGCUAUGAUCGUGGUCGUGGGCGGAUCAAAGAAGGGCGGGUGGAUAAAUAACCUUACUAUCCCAAAAGUAUCAACGAAAUGUAGUGACAUCGUCUUUGACUUGGACUGAUUGACUAAACACGAUGUUAAUACCA